ACUAUGUAGUACUUUGUGUGUAGAUGCAUGCAGUAUAAACGUGUUUAAAUCCGUAAGGGUCGUAUAAACUGAAAGAUUGACCAGUCUGUCAGUCGCAUACAGCCGCAGGUUAUGUCACGGUCAAUCACUGUAAUAUUUACUGUGUUAAAUUUACAAAUUGAAGGCAUAAGAGAAACGGUGCACUCCAUAAACUCUUAAGGUCGUGAUUCCUGUGUGAGGAAGUGAAGAUGGAAGAGCUUCUUUAUUGUGUUCGGGUUUGUAGUGAACGCUGAAGGAAAGAGCAAUACAAGGAAGAGCUCGUGCUGAGUGACACUUACAGUGACCAAUCAACUAUUUGCUUUCUGUUUACUGACGCGGGUCUGACCAAUCAGAUGUAUUCUUUUCUAAUAGCAGGAACAGGGACUACAACCGGUUCACGUGUGCCAAUAUUUACACCACGGCCCCAGCAAACACUGAACGUUUCUCUUUGGUUCCCCUGCGGCGUGUUUUUUUUUUUUUUUUUUUUUUUUUGGUAACCAAUUUAUAACGUUGUCGGAACAUUGUGUUUUGGUUUACAAUGUCAGCUCUUUUCCUAAAACCACUGCUUUGCCGGUUUUAUUUAUUUAUUUUAUUUUUAUUCAUUGUUGGCUUUGCAAAGUACACAAUCCUAUAGCUUGGCAAAAUAUUUAAAACUGGCCUAUAUAUUGUAAUUUCUGUAUUUUGUAAUAUGUAAUUUAAUGGUCUGUCUUUAUACAGAAAAUAAAAGCUACUAUGCUGAAAAAAAAACUCCAGUAGAAACCCUCAUAGAAUUUGUCUAUCAUAUAAUAUGUUUAUAAUGGGAAUUGUAUUGGUUUUAAUGCCUAAUUAAGUAAAUGCUAAAUUAAGAAUUAGAUUUUUAUCAAAACAUGAAAUAAGUAGCUUAAAGGAACACUGCCAUUUCCAUCCAUCCAUCCAUCUAUCCAUCUUUUAUACUGCUUAUCCUACAGGGUCACGAGGAGCCUGGAGCCUAUCCCAGUUAGCAUCGGACACAAGAAAAUAAAAAGAUGUGAAAACAGGAAGCCAGUACCACAAAAUGAUCUGAGAAGAGAUGAUCGCAGAACCAACGUUGCUCUCGAGAACAGUGCAAAAGGAGAACACUAGUGUUGAUGUCUCUUCCUGCACAUCUGUGAAUCAUGCCUCUGGUGUGAGAAAUGAAAACAGAAAGAAGAAUGUGAGAGGGAAGAGGAAAGCCAGAGAUGGCUCAGAGAAUGCUAAGCAGAAGCUUUCAAAGACCAACCAUGGUACCUUUGGCAGAGCAGAGAAUGAGCAGCUCAAACAUGGAGACAUCGAAGCCUUCACCUUGUUUGAGGUGGUCACUAUGGGCAGGAGUGCCAUGCAGGCUGUGGUUGAUGACUGGAUUGAGGCUUAUGUUAUGGACAGAGAACCAGCCCUGCUUGACCUCAUCAGCUUCUUCAUUCAGUGUUCAGGAUGCAAAGGGGUAGUAACUGCUGAGAUGUUUCAAAGCAAGGAAGAUUCUGAUGUCAUGAGCAAAAUGGUGGAGGACCUGGAUGAGAGCUCAGGUUUGCAGUAUAAAAGGUUUCUGGCGUUUCCAUGGAUACUGACUGUCACAUGGCCCAUGGACAUUGACAAUGGCGAGUAUCCUCUUGUGAUGUCUGGUCUGUACUGGAAAAAGUUCCGCUCUCACUUUUGUGAGUUUGUCUCAGUGCUGAUAUCGCAGUGUCAAUAUAGCGUGAUCUUUGACAACUACCUCCUGAACACACUGAUCUCUCUGCUGACUGAGCUCUCAGCAUCACAUAUGCGUGCGUUCAGACACACGUGCACACUGGCAGCAGUAAAGUUGCUCAGCGCUCUAGUGAAUGUGGCACUCAACCUCAGCGUUGGUGUGGAGAACAACCAGAAACUCUGUGAGGUUGAGCUGGCCAAGAUGUCCAGCAAGCGAGCUUCACCACGGCUUGACAAGAUCCAGAAGAAGAUUACUGAGUUGAAGGAUAGAAAGCUUGAAAUAGAAGACAUGAUGGAUGCUAUUUUUAAAGGAGUUUUUCUUAAAAGAUACAGAGAUGUGAUUCCUGAGAUCAGGGCGAUCUGUAUAGAGGAACUGACUGUAUGGAUGAAGCUUUAUAGUGCAGUGUUUCUUAAUGAUACCUGUCUGAAAUAUGUCGGAUGGAUGAUGCAUGACAAGCAGCCUGAUGUGCGCUUGAAGUGUGUGUUGGGUCUGCAGGGACUUUAUCAGGAUGUUAAUCUUAGCUCCAAAAUGGACCUUUUCUCCAGUCGAUUUAAGGAAAGAAUGAUCUCCAUGAUUUUGGAUAAGGACCACGAGGUUGCAGUGCAGGCAAUGAGACUGCUGAUGGCCAUUGCCCAGUCUUGUGAUGACGUGCUGAGCCAGGCUGACUACAAGCACAUAUUUCAGUUUGUAUACUCAACUCAUCGACCACUUGCAGCCAUGGCAGGCGAAUUUCUCUUCACCAGGUUACUCAGUAAUCCUGCAUUACCAGUGAUGAGGGCAGGAACAUCAGAGGAGGACAGACACAGAGACCUCACCCUGGCCCGAGUCCGAGCCCUUAUUCAGUUCUACACUGAGAACCAGCUGCACCAGCAUGUGCUGUAUCUGGUAGACAGUCUGUGGGAUAGUGCUGGGUCUCUGCUGAAGGACUGGGCCUUUUUCACCUCUCUGCUCACUGUUCAUCCUUCCUCAUCAGAGCAAGCUUUGAGCAGCACUGAGGAGGCUCUGGUGAUUGAGAUUCUUUUGGCAUCAGUGAGGCAGGCUGCUGAGGGACCUCCACUAGCAGGGAGAAGCACGGGGAAGAAAGUGAUCAGUACAAAAGAGAAGAGGUUACAGACAGAUGACUGUGCAAAGCUUACAGAACACUUCUUAAAGGUGCUACCUGAUCUGUUAUCCAAGUACUCAGAAGAUGCUGAAAAACUUGUGUAUUUCCUCAAAAUACCUCAGUACUUUCAAACGGACACCUGUGGUGAUGAAUACACGGAGUCUGUGCAGGCACUGCUCACUGGGCUGGAGGCUGCAGUGUAUACACACACAGAUGCAGCAUUACUAGAAGCAGCUGUUCGCUCGUACCAUAACCUCUGUGCAAACGAUUCACACUGGCAGCACCUGGCAGCUUCUUCCAUAGGUCAACUCAUACAGUGCUGGACACACACACUGAGCUCAUGCUUAGGAAAGGCAGUCAGUGAUGGAACUUUCAUUGGAGAUGAAGACAAAAAGGAAGAGAUUCUGUCCACUUUGAAAAAAUUAACUGCUUUCAACAAUGCUCAGGAUCUGACUAAGUGGGGCACAUAUGAGCUGGUCUCUAAGCUUCUUGUCGUUGAGUUACAGCGUGGAGGCAUGCCAGUAGAGAUGAUCACUGAGGCGCUACGUUGUGUCUGCUACUGCAUCCUGUGGAACCUGAACAACUUCGGAGAAGGAGCGACCUCCAGGGAGUCAGCUCUCCAUCAGAGGAGUCAGCUACGAGCUUUUUGUGAAAAAUGCCACAGAUGUCUUUCACACACGGAGCAGGUGGUGAGAGAGCAGGCGUUCAUGUGUUUGAGUGAUGUCCUCGUAGCCCACAGUUACCAGCUGCAGAUGUGGGAUUCAUCAGCAGGUGCUCCUCUGCUUUACACCCCUGAACCCAGACUGCAGAAAGCUCUGCUAAACUUCAUCCUAGAGCAUGUCUUCACCGGCCCCGAGCAACACAGCCACAGCAACACUGGCAGUGACGGUAAGGGUGGGGUGAACUGGCCGGAGGACUUGCACAGGCGGAGGAAUCUGUUGGCUGCCUAUUGUAAACUGAUAGUGCACAGUGUGCUUGAGAUGAGUAUGGCUGCUGAGAUCUUCAAGCACUACAUGAGGUACUACAAUGACUUUGGCGAUAUUAUCAAAGAAACACUGAACCGCACCCGACAAAUGGACAAGAUUGAAAGCGCACGCACCCUGGUUCUAUGCCUUCAGCAGCUGUACCUGCGCUUGAAGCAGGAGCAGGACACUGGGAGCGUGUGCAGUUCAGGAGUGCAGACCUACAGCAGCAUCAAAGAGCUGGCCAGACGCUUCUCGCUCACCUUCGGCUGGGAUCAGAUCAAAUCCCGCGAGUCUCUAGCCAUGAUCCACAGGGAUGGCAUCGAGUUUGUUUUCCAGGGUUUUGUUCAGCAGUCAGAGAAGCACUCGCCACCGUACCUCUCUUACCUCACCAUCCUCAGCGAGUUCUCCAGUAAGCUGCUCAAACUUGACAAGAAGACCAUAUAUAGCUAUCUGCAACGGUACACUGGAGAGCAGAGCAUCAGUAACAGGGAGGAGUGCUGGAUGCCGCUCAUCUAUUACAGAGCGUCUCUCCAGGGCACAGCUGAGGGAGAAGAUGCCGUGUCCUUCAUCAGCUCCGACACUAAUAAACAGCUCUCACUCACUAAUCGCUCUAGAUCGCCCUCCAUCAAACCAGCUGCAUCUGAAGGAGAUCUGCGAAUCUCACAACUGUGUGUAGAAACUAAAGGGAGCAAACAGCUGAAAAGUCUGGAGCUGAGAGAACAGAUCGCUGUGCUCAGAGAGCAGCCUGACAGCAGGGAAACAGUUCAGAUCCAGCCAGGGGUCACUGCUGAGGAAGUAGACGUGGACAUAGUAGAAAUAGACAUCUGAUGACCUCAUGCAUGUCCAUUCUGAGACGUCGAUGGAGGGUAAUGAGAAUGACGCAGAGUGUUCAAUGUGCCUCAGAUGUUUCCUCUUUGGAUUCCAUAUGACCUCAUUCCUUUUUUUUUUUUUAUAUUUACUGUAAGCAGUGACGUAAUUCCUUGGUGCUUCAGACACUAAUUAUUGAUUUGACAUUGCAUCAUUUGUUUUUGUUCUCAUCUAAACCAGAUCUAAGCUAAAGAUGAUUGUCUUCUAUGCUGUUAUUUUACAUUUAGACAUGUUUUCCCUCUGAGAUACAUGAAGCUAGCCACUGUAUAUCUUCAAACUGCUACAUCACAGCACAUCAUAACACACUCAGGUGGGGCGGGGUGAGGGAUGGGUUGCUAUCUGCCCUCUUCCACACAGGCACAUGCACACACGGAGCUGUUUAAAUGACAGCUUAAUUUCUGUAUGAGCAUACAUUAGCUAGCUGUGCUGUCUUAGCACUGACUUAAAUUUCUAUAAUGAGCUGAAAUGUAAAACCUCUAACCCAUCUUUGGCAUAUAUUAUUCCAUAUAUGGAAUCAUAAGGCAUACAUAUCUGUCUCAUUCAUUUCAGCGCUCAUGUCUCAGCUAUAAGCAACA